AUGCUGUACGACGACGCUACCGUUCGACGGGUUCUCCGUGCAGCUCACGAAGGCCAAGAUUGGCGCGAUGUCGCGCUCAAGAACGAUGUCAAGCUUCGCACUGCUUACCGCUGGAUCAAUGCGGCCGAGGACAGCGGCAACUGGGAGGCUCUGCCUCGAAAGCCUCGUGGUGGUAAGCGCCACAGCAAGAUUCAAGACGAGCACGUCGACUACCUAGUUGGUCUCAUCGACGACAACUGUUACAUCACGCUGGACGAGAUGGUUGACGCCCUCGAGGCUCGAUUCGCGCUCAAGGUGACAAGACAGACGGUCAAGACACACAUUGACGGCCGGAUGUACACGGUCAAGCAAACCCAUCGCGACAACAACUACCGCAAUCUUGAGGAGAACAAGAUUUUGCGCCGGGAUUACGUCGUCGAGCUAAUUGCUCAGAAGGCCGCAGGUAAGAAGAUCUUCUACGUUGACGAAACUAACUUCAAUUUGUGGUGUGCUCGCCGCCGUGGUCGUAGCAAGAAAGGGAAGCGAGCUGUCGACAACAACACAGCCAGCAAAGGGUCAAAUAUCCACGUGAUCGCUUGCAUUUCAGAGGAAGGGCUUGCUUACUCGGAGAAGCGCUUUGGCUCUUUCACGUCGGAAGCAUGCAACGAGUACAUCCGUCGCCUGCUCAACCACAUCGGUGCUUCAACGCCGCUAGAGAACGUUGUUUUGGUGUGCGACAAUGCACCAUGCCACGCGAACAUCGAGGAUGUAUUCAAGGAAACCACGUUUUCGGCGGCGACGCUGCUGCGCCUAGGUCCGUACCCGCCAAUGCUGAACCCCAUCGAGAACUGCUUCUCAUCGUUCAAAGCCAUGGUGAAGCGGUUCCUCGCUCGCCAUCGUCAAGCUAUUCUACGCGUCCCACCGCACCUCACCAUCAAGGCGCACCGUGAAAGCUACCUAAAGCUGGCUGCAGACCUCCUCGUACUCGAAGCUAUCACCCCAGAACUUUGCUACAAGUGCUCGUUGCACACCAUGAAGUUCCAUGCGCGUGCGAUCCAGAUGAAAGAUAUGCCUGUAGGAGAAUAA